GUUUAAGAUUUAGUCAUUUCUCUCCAUCUCCUCCUUCCUCCCCCAACUUCCGCCCCCUACGUCUAUCCGACAUUAAAUCCAAUCUCCCCUUCCUGUUUGAAAGAGAAACGUUGGUAAAUCCCUUCCGUGCUGGGAAUUCUGACCAAAACAACCCCCACACCCCCUUCGCUCGCACUCUGUGAGUCGCGCCCGAUCUCUGCCGUUCCCUCUCCUCCGUACUUCUCCGCCACCUCCGCCUCGCCUUUUGAUCUCACCACAUCUCCGAUCUUUUACUCCAACUACGCUCAAUCAUGUCCGAUCAAACGAAUCAGCAAUCUUCUGGAACCGUGAACGGUGUCAAGGUCGAACCCUUGUCCCCCGCGUCCACCGCCGACGAUCUGUCCCGCCAUAUCAACCGGGAGCUGGAUCCGCUCGCCUCCGCCCAUCUCCAGGCCCAGGGCUUCCCCCCCGAACUGGCCGAUGAACUCGACGAUGACGAUGAUGAGGAGGAAGUAGAUGAGGACUACGUUGCGGUUGACCAUGACGAUAUCAACGAAUUCCCGUCUUGGUUCCGCCGUCCCCCGGUCCACCACCGCACCCAGCUGGACGAGCUGCACCCCUUCACCCAGGUCCUCACCGUCUCCCACGUGGAUGACUGCGUCGAAGUUGAGCAGGCUUUCCCCGAGGCGGAGCGUUGUACUCGCGACAAGUUCACCUACCGUUUGAACCGAUGCCCCGAAUUGUGUCUGGGCCUCUUCACGCUGCCCAUUCUGCGCGAUGGUGAGCCGAAACCCCGGCCGACCCUGGUCGGGCAUGUGGUGGCGUCGCGGACGCCGACCGUUCUCGUCACUGAUAAGGCCAUGCAAUUGCCGGACGACUGGCGCACGGAGCGCUUCUCCACCAAGGACGGAGAGACGGUCGGGCACGAUGAGUACGGCAGCACCAUCGCCAUCCACUCGCUCGCCGUGCGACCGGAGCACCAGGGCAAGCAGGUCGCCCGCACCUUGAUGAAAGCCUACAUCCAGCGCAUCAAGGAGGCGCAGAUUGCUCAACGGAUCUCCAUCAUUUCCCACGACCACCUGGUGGCCUUUUACGAAUCGUUUGGGUUUGAGAACCGGGGUCCCAGCAAGUGCCAGUUUGGUGGCGGCGGCUGGGUUGAUCUGGUAUUGGAAUUUACGAAUGAAUGAGCGAUGGACGACUGGCAUUUCUAUGACCCAAUGCUAUCUCCCUUUCGCUAGGUUGUCUUUUGUCUUUUCACUGUUCUUCUUCCCCUUUUCUCUUUUUUUUUUUUUUUUAUUUUUUUUUUCUUCUCUUCUU